UUUUUUUUUUGUACCUCUUUGCUUUCUUUAUUCCACCCUGCCUGCCUGUUUCUUUCUCUAUUUAAAACGCCCCGAAGCCUGUCGUAUGUGUGUAUUUAUUUAUUUAUGCAUCUCACUUCAAAGUAUUUAGGCUUUUGUUUUUUGUUUCUUUGUUUUACAUUUUAGUCGCUCCUCAAAUGAGAAGACGUAAAAGAUGGAGCUUCAUAUUUUAGAGCACAGCUUGAAAGUGGCGAGUAUAGAGAAAGAGGGGAUCCAGAUUUGCACCCACGGAUUAAUAAAACUCGCUUUCCUGGCCUCCAAAACAAGAUGCAAGUUUUUCAGUUUGACGGAGACUCCGGAGGACUACACCAUAAUCGUCGAUGAGGAAGGCUUUAAAGAGUUGCCCCAGUCAGAGCACAUCAGUGUUGCUGAUGCCACAUGGUUGGCGCUGAACGUGGUGUCAGGAGGCGGCAACGCCUCCAAUUCGCAGCCCAUCGGAGUCACCAAAAUCGCUAAAUCAGUCAUUGCACCACUGGCCGACCACAACAUCUCUGUUUUCAUGCUGUCGACGUAUCAGACGGACUUCAUUCUGUGCCCCGUCCAAUCAUUCACCCCUUAUCUAGUCCCAGCAACAUGUUCUGUGUGACCAGCCUGGACCCAGACACACUGCCCUCUGUAGCCACCCUGCUCAUGGAUGUCAUGUUUUACUCUGGAGGGCCAAAGGAGCCUGGAGCAUCGAACGAGGACUCCAGCCACAUCCGCUUCUUCUCCUUCUCCCUGAUCGAGGGCUACAUCUCUCUGGUCAUGGACGAGCAGACAACUCAAAGGUUUCCAAACAAUGUCCUCUUCACGAGUGCUUCUGGUGAGCUUUGGAAAAUGGUUCGUAUUGGAGGACAACCUUUAGGAUUUGAUGAGUGCGGCAUCGUGGCUCAAAUAUCAGAACCCCUGGCAACGGCUGACAUUCCAGCUUACUACAUUAGUACCUUCAAGUUUGACCACGCCCUGGUUCCCGAAGAAAACAUCCAAAGUGUGAUUGGAGCUCUGCGGACCAAGAGCACGGCGCAGUGAAGUAAGACGGAGGAAAAAAAACGAUGAAAACGACCGUUUUCAAAGUCAUUUCGUUCAAACGUUUAUCAAGUCCAAAAAGUGCCAAGAGCUUAUUAGCGGACUACUGUGGAUCGGCUCUGAAAGGAAGGGAUUUAACCACAAAGCGUGGGUGGCGUACGGCGGGGAGGGCGAGUUUGACAGUGUGUUAGGGAUGCCUUUGUUACUCGGUCAUUUUCUUUCCCCCGCCCCUCCCUCCUUCCCUGGCACUCGGGGCCCUCCACUGCCUGCUCUGGUAGUUGUUGCAUUAGUUUACCAGACUGAAUAUGUUUCUUCUCCUCUCUAAAGCUGCUUCUUCCCACUCCCCGACCCUCAUGAGCACCAUACUGUAUUAGUUACAUAAUUCCUCUCAUGGAAGGAUGACGAAUGUACUCUCAAAAAACGAAAGAAAAAAAAAUAUAUAUAUAUAUAUCAAGCUCUCCAUAUUUUUUUUCUUCUUUUUUGUUUUCCACAGGUCAUUUCUCAGUGCCAAGAUGUUUGAAUGCCUAAACCGAUGCCUUUGUCAAAAUACUAUUCUUGUGUGCAAUUGAAGGAGACAAUUUCUGAGACAGCCAGCGAUGACAGACUGCCUAGUUGAGUAAUAUGAUGGGUUAUUUUUGCUUUUAGUGGCUGUUAAACAUGUUUUAAUGACAGCAAUGAUCUGACUGGUUGGGAGUCCCUCAGACUUAGAAGUUAAAUUCAGAUGUUUGGUGAAAACAUGAUGAUCUUGAUGAAGAAAUAUUAUUUUUAGUGUUUUAAAAAAUAAUUCACACUGUGAGCAACAUGAUUGAUGGAUUUUAUCUUUGUAGUGGGACUACAAAGUUUUUUUUAUGGAUUCUUCUCAAUUUAUGUGGAGUCGCGGUUGAAAGUCUGAUUAUUAAUUGAUUAUUUAAUCUAGAGAAAGUUCAUCUAUGACAAUUUUGAUAUUUGAGUAAAAAACAUUUUCAUGACACAAUUUCUUAAAUUGAAAAACUUACUUUACUCAGUUUUAUACUGUUCGUUGAAUACCUUUGGGGUUUUUCAGUGGUCAGAUUAAAACAAUCUAUUUUUGCCUCUGGUAAAUUAUUUUGUAUGGAUGUUAAAAGGUUCCCAGAGGAAAGUAAAACACCAGCAGGUUGACACUUUUGGGUUUUUACUGAAAUAUCUCAACAAAUGUACAAAUUUGUGCAAUUAGCUAAUGUUAGCAUACUAACGUGCUAAACUAAGAAUGUGAACAUGUCAAACGUUAUACCAUAAAUGCUAACAUCAGCACGCUAACAUGCUGAUGUUAGCAUUUAUGAUCCCCUGACUUUUUAUGUAGCGCCACCAGCAGGUUAAAGUUUGACUUUGUGGUUUGAUUUGUGUCAGAUCCGUUCGAAAUGAACGACAUUCCCAUCAGCCUCAGCUGUGCUUUGUUUUCAGUAAAAAUGUGCAUGUUAGCAUAAUAACACUAAGAUACUGCACAGGGUAAACAUAGCAAACAUUAUGAGCAUGUUAGCAACCGCUACCAGAUCAAACACCACUUGGUGUUCUUUAAAAUGAGCAAUCGAGCUGCUAACAUGGCAGUGGAGUCUUUGUCUUUGUUUUGUACUGUAAUUAAAAUAUACAGUAUAGAGAUUAGUCACCAAAAAUUAAUGUUUUUUUAGGCAAAA